GACUCGAAGGGACUUAGAAAUCAAAUAGAAGGACAAGAUGGGUGUAUUUUGGUAGGCGGUCAGGAGCCAGUGAAAGUUUUUGAGCAGGGAAGUAAUAUGAUGAAAAAUAAAUUUAGUUGAAACCAUCAGAGGCCCUCUCAUACAUAUACUCAGUUUUCCAUUCAUACUCAAAUUUUCUCCCACCUACCCAUCUAUCUACUUACCCUCAGGUUUCCCCAGCAGCUUACCCUACCCCUUUACCUGCUCUCUGGCUGGGCCGGGGAUGUAUACAAAGGAUGCUUUCCCCCUCAGCCAGAGGAUGUAGGCCCUAGCUCCCGUCUUUCCCCUUCCCUGCCUAGAGCUGGGAAGCAGGCCAGGUUUAGACGAGGCUGGCUGGCAAGCAGCUGGGUGGAGCCAGGGAGAUGCUGUAUGGUGCCAGGUGGAGCUUUGGGUUCCAAGCUGAGCCCAUGACCUCGAUAACCUUCUGCCUGCACAUACAUCUGCCCCCCACUCCACACCCAUCCAGGCUUUGGUAUCGGGGAGGGGGCACAGAGCCAGACAGACCUGUGGGACUUUGGCUCCAUCUCCACAGAAGGGCACUCUGUGAGUCAGCCAGCUCCCCUCCAGGCUUGCUCCUCCCCCACCUGGCUCCUGUUUCCAAUGCACGUACAGCCCGUACACACUGUGUCUUGGGACACCCCACAGUCAGCCGCAUGGCUCCCCUGUGCCCCAGCCCCUGGCUCCCUCUGUUAAUCCCAGCCCCUGCCCCAGGCCCCACUGUGCAACUGCUGCUAGUACUGCUGCUUCUGGUGCCUGCCCAUCCCCAGAGCCUGUCCCAGAUGCAAGAGGAUCCCCACAUAGGAGGAGAUUCAUCUGGGGAUGAUGAUCCACUGAGCAAGGAGGAUUUGCCCAGUGAAGAGGAUCCACCUGGAGAGAAGGAUCUACCUGGAGAGGAUUAUCCACCUGGAGAGGAGGAUCCACCUGGAGAGAAGGAUCCAUCUGAAGUUAAGACUGAACCAGGAGAAAAGGACUCUCUGAAGUUAGAGGAUCUACCUACUGUAGAGGCUCCCAGAAAUACUCAAGGCCCCCAGAAUAAUGCCCACAGAGACAAAAAAGGGGAUGACCACAGUCAUUGGAGCUAUGGAGGCGACCCGCCCUGGCCCCAGGUGUCCCCAGCCUGUGCGGGCCGCUUUCAGUCCCCGGUUGAUAUCCGCCGCGAGCUCGCCGCAUUUUGCCCAGCCCUGCGACCCCUGCAACUCCUGGGUUUUGAGCUCCCGCCACUCCCAGAACUGCGCUUGCACAACAACGGCCACACUGUGCAGCUGACUCUGCCUCCCGGGCUAGAGAUGGCUCUGGGUCCCGGGCGGGAGUACCGGGCCCUGCAGUUGCAUCUGCACUGGGGGGCUGCGGGCCGCCCGGGCUCGGAGCACACUGUUGACGGCCACCGUUUCCCUGCCGAGAUCCACGUGGUUCACCUCAGUACCGCAUUUGCCAAAGUUGAGGAGGCCUUGGGGCGCCCGGGUGGCCUGGCCGUGCUGGCCGCCUUUCUGCAGGAGGGUCCAGAAGAAAACAGCGCCUAUGAGCAGUUGCUGUCACAUUUGGAAGAAAUCCCUGAGGAAGGCUCAGAGACUUGGGUCCCAGGAUUGGACAUAUCUGCUCUGCUGCCCUCUGACCUCAGCCGCUACUUCCAAUAUGAGGGGUCGCUGACCACACCACCCUGUGCCCAGGGGGUCAUCUGGACCGUGUUCAACCAGACAGUGAAGCUGAGUGCUAAGCAGCUCCACAUCCUCUAUGGCUCUCUGUGGGGACCCGGUGGCUCUCGGCUGCAGCUGAACUUCCGAGCGACGCAGCCUUUGAAUGGGCGGAUGAUUGAGGCCUCAUUCCCUGCUGGAGUGGACGACAGCCCUAGGACCGUUGAAUCAGUCCACCUGAAUUCCUGCCUUGCUGCUGGUGACAUCCUGGCCCUGGUGUUCGGCCUCCUCUUUGCUGUCACCAGCAUCGCCUUUCUUGUACAGAUGAGAAGGCAGCACAGAGGUGGGACCCAAAGGGGUGCUGGCUACUGCCCAGCAGAGGUUGCCGAGACUGGAGCCUAGAGGCCUGGAACUUGGAGAAUGUGCAGAGAAACCAGCUACAGGAAUCUGCGGGGCAGCUGGAAACUUUGUCCUGUCCUGCCCGUUAUACCACUUCCUUUUUAACUGCCAAAGAAUUUUUUUAAAAUAAAAUAUUUUUAAUAAAA